AUGGCGGAGCCGUUUGGCAUCGCCGCUGCCUUUACGACGUGCGUCGACUGCUUCGGUUACAUCCAACUCGGCCGCCACUUCGGACGGGACUUCCAGACAGACUUACUAGUGCUCAACUGCACACGGCUUCGCCUGACACGCUGGGGAGAAGCCGUCAGCGUCUACACCGACCCGUACUUAGGCCGGCCUGAUGCCACCGCAGACGAACUUAAGACCGCCAAGAACACUCUUCAUCAGAUUUUAGUCCUCUUUGCCGCUACAGAAAAGGUCUCCAAGAAGUACAGGCUUAGCGCAAAGGCUAGGCAAGAUCUCGCUACGCUUUCGGCGGAUGACAUGGACCCUGUAGUCAUAUCGCUUACCAACAAGAUGAGAGAACUGGCGACUAAGCGACAAAAGGGAAGCAGCAUCCACAAGAUAACAAAGCUUAUCGAAAAUAUUGUUUUGCUCAUUGACAGCCUUGAGAACCUCUUCCCUAGCCCUGGAUGUAUCGCACUCGCAAAGCAGGAGGCCGCAGAAAUUGCCAACAAACGGGCUCUUGAGCUUACUGAGAGCGCCGCCACAGGCGUAGACACGAUGCUCCAUGAUGCAGCAAAGGAGGCUCUUACUGGACACCAGUACCUUAAUCUUGUGGUGAAUGGAAAAGCCAAAAUCGGGGAUACCUUUAGUAGUGACUGGAAAGGGAGGGCAUUAGGCGCAUCUAAUUGUUAUGAGGGAAUAGAGGUGGGCGAGAAGGGGAAAGCAUCUUUGGGAACUAAGUAUGGCGGGAAGGAUUUUUGGGAAGAUUAAUAAUGAUAUAACUACGUUAUCUAACAGCCUUAAUGUUAU